GCAGAACCAGGGCGGGGCUCUUCACCGGGUCCGGCAGCUGAAAGCUCGGAGCUCGGAUUACCCCUGCAGCGACGCCCCCUGGUCCCGCCACUGUUGCUCCCGCCGCUCCCGCCCCUCAGCUCCUCGGCCGCGCCAUGGGCACCCGCGACGACGAAUACGACUACCUCUUUAAAGUUGUUCUUAUUGGAGACUCUGGUGUUGGAAAGAGUAACCUCCUGUCUCGAUUUACUCGGAAUGAGUUUAAUCUGGAAAGCAAGAGUACCAUUGGAGUAGAGUUUGCAACAAGAAGCAUCCAGGUUGAUGGGAAAACAAUAAAGGCACAGAUCUGGGACACGGCAGGGCAGGAGCGGUACAGGGCUAUAACGUCUGCAUACUAUCGUGGAGCAGUAGGUGCCUUAUUGGUUUAUGACAUUGCUAAGCAUCUCACAUAUGAAAAUGUAGAGCGAUGGCUGAAAGAACUGAGAGAUCAUGCUGAUAGUAACAUUGUUAUCAUGCUUGUGGGCAAUAAGAGUGACUUACGUCAUCUCAGGGCAGUUCCUACAGAUGAAGCAAGAGCUUUUGCAGAGAAGAACGGUUUGUCAUUCAUUGAGACAUCUGCUCUAGAUUCUACAAAUGUUGAAGCUGCUUUUCAGACAAUUCUAACAGAGAUAUACCGCAUUGUUUCUCAGAAGCAAAUGUCAGACAGACGUGAAAAUGACAUGUCUCCAAGCAACAAUGUGGUUCCUAUUCAUGUUCCACCCACCACUGAAAACAAGCCAAAGGUGCAGUGCUGUCAGAACAUCUAAGGCGUCUCUCUUCCCCUAGAAGGCUGUGUAUAGUCCAUUUCCCAGGUCUGAGAUUUAAAUAUAUUUGUAAUUCUUGUGGUCACUUUCUGUGUUUUAUUACUUCCUCACACUUAAGAAUCUUCCCAUGUCUUAAGUCUUUUGAUUUUGGCUUUAUAAAAUCAUCAACUUUGUCUUGAAUGACUGCAGUUCUUUUUCAUGCAAUGGCUUCUCUAGCCUUAGUUUAAUAAACUGAAUGUUUGAAUUCCUCA